GUGUAAAACCGUGCGCGUAUUGAAAACAAACAGAUUGUGUGUCGUGAUGUGAACGAAAACUUGACUCGUUGUAGUUUUUUUUUUCAUUCGUUUUUCUUUUCUUCUUUCGUUUCAUUCAUGUUAAACGUUUGCGUUCUUGUUUCGCGUUGUGUUGUACUGUAUCUGUCUCAUGUCCACUUGGAUUGGUGUGAGCACCAUAGCAGCAGCAGCAGCAGCAGCAGCACCAGCUAGCAAAGCCUAUGCGAUCCAUGGUUUUGCACCAAUCGUUCAGUUACUCGCGAUCCGUUCACGUGAAACGGUCCUUUUUCUAUACAGUGCUUGAAGUGUUUGUUUUUUCUUUGGUGCGCAAACGAAAAAAAAAACAACAACUAAAACCGCGACUCUAAUUUAUUUUCACACGACUGCUAAAAUUAAUUUCCGAUUAAUUUUUAAACGGAAUUUACGUGUGAAUUCAACGGUCUUUUUCGGUGGAUGCAGCUUCUACGGUAAACAACGGAUAACUUAGCACACUUUUGGAACCAAAAUUGAUGCGUACAAUCGAAUCAAAAAUCAAAUUAGCGUAUUGGCUGCAUCGUGUGUCGGUGAUGGACGAGACGACGAUUGGUCGUGGAAAUGUGUAGUCCAACGGAGAGCUACAUUGUUUACAUUGAUUUGACGACAAAAGCGCAUAUCGGCAGGAAGUAAAAAGAGCAGAGCAGAGCAGAGCACAACGUGCACGACAUCUAAUCCAAACAAUGGAUCAUACACGCAUCGGUUUGGAUUAUAUCGUUGAGAAUCGUGAAUAUGUCAUUAAGCUGGGAACUGCACUCGAUACGACCAAUGUAACCGUCAAGAAGCAAGUGUUCGAAUUGAUGUCGGCGUUGUGUGCAUACAACGUUGAUGGUUACACACGAGCCCUAGAAACACUCGAUCAUUAUCAGAGUUUAAAAGGAGCACGAUAUCGUCUUAAAAUCAUUGUCACCGAACUUGAAGCACCAAACACAUCAAUCGAAUAUCAAGUAGCGCUGUUAUCAUUUGUAAAUUGUCUUAUAAAUGCAACACAAGGCCUGCGCGAGAGAAUACGCAUUCGGAAUGAGUUUAUUGGUCUAAAAAUACUACCGAUUCUGACGAAUAUAAGACGAGUAUCGGGUGACAAUCCAAAUGUCGCGGUUCAAUUGGACGUAUUCGAUGAGCAACGCGAAUGUGACGAGGCACAAAGCCUCCAGGGACCCAAUGACAUCAAUCUAAAUUCACAUUUGGACGUGUUUUACACAAUUUUAGGACAGGUCGCCGAUACACCACAAGAGAUUCCAUUUUUGAGUAUUCUACAGCAUUUACUGCGCAUCGAUCCAAAGGAAGCGAUUAGUGAUAUUAUAUGGGAUUGUGCUGAAACGCUUGUGCAUCGAGCCACAUUGCUGGAGAACCGUGAGGAUUCAACACGUUUGCUGCGAACGCCAAGCGUACAGAAAUUCACCUGUUCACAUUGUCGCAACGAUAUUUCUAGUCCAAGCCGAAAGCAAUCCAUUGCACCAGUCACACCAACACAUCCACUGGCGCUUGUUAUCCCAUUGUCACCAACCAGCCCCGAUUCAAACGUUGAUUUUAGCUCAAAAGUACCCAAGCCACCACCUCCACCACCACCAAUGGCUGGCAAUCUUCCCUCAGCUUCAAACUCGUCGAAUCCAGCUCCAGCUCCACCACCACCAGCAUUUCCAAAGACACAACGGCCAAAAACCCCGGAAAUUGUUGAUCUCGGCAAAUUGUUGCCGCAACAAGAGACGCCCGUACCGAAAACCAAAAUGAAAACCAUUAACUGGAACAAAAUUCCAUCGAAUAAAUUGAUGGGCAAAACGAAUAUUUGGACUCUAGUGGCGAAUUCACAUCAAAAUAGUCCAAUGGCCGAGCUGGAUUGGAAUGAAAUGGAGGGACUGUUUUGCCAGCAAGCGACAAGCACACAAAAUUCACCGAAAAUGGGAGCACGAGACACAUCAUCCAACUCAGCUGAAGGAUCGAAUGGCAGCGAACGAAAAUCGAGAAAGGAAAACUCAGAAAUUACCCUGCUCGAUGGAAAGAGGAGCUUGAAUGUUAACAUCUUUUUGAAACAGUUUAGAACAACCAAUGAAGAAAUCAUUCAGCUGAUAAAAGACGGUGAGCAUGACGAUAUUGGAGCGGAAAAGCUACGUGGGCUAUUAAAAAUAUUGCCUGAAAUUGACGAGCUGGAUAUGUUAAAGGCGUUUGAUGGAGAAAAACAGCGAUUGGGAAAUGCGGAAAAAUUCUUGAUGCAACUUUCAAAUGUUCCCAAUUACAAGCUGCGAGUGGAGAGUAUGUUAUUGAAAGAGGAGUUUGCGGCAAAUUUAAGCUAUUUGGAGCCAAGUAUUAACGCAAUCAUAUUUGCUGGUGAUGAUUUAAUGAACAAUGUGCAGCUGAGAGAAGUACUGUACAUGGUUGUCGUGGCAGGAAACUUCCUGAACGCCGGCGGCUAUGCGGGAAAUGCAGCCGGAGUGAAGUUGGCAUCACUUCAAAAACUCACGGAUAUUCGUGCCAAUAAGCCGGGCAUGAAUCUGAUUCAUUUCGUUGCACUUCAAGCUGAGAAGAAAAAUCCAAAUCUACUGGCAUUCGCCGAAAAUCUAACGGCACUGGAAAAUGCAUCGAAGACAACGUCAGAGCAAAUCACCAAUGAGAUCAAUGCACUCGAUACUCGAAUCACGAAGAUCAAGCGGCAAAUCGAAUUGUCAACAACCGAACCCGAUCUGAAGUAUCAAAUGUCUGACUUUCUGCAGGCGGCCGAGAACAAGGUGCAAAUGUUGCAGCGUGGAAUGAAAGAAGUCGAAUCGCUUCGAUUACAAUUGUCUGAAUUUUUCUGUGAAGAUCCAAAAACAUUCAAAUUAGAGGAGUGCUUUAAAAUAUUCCAAACAUUUUGUGAGAAAUUCAAGCAAGCCGUUAACGAGAAUGAACGCCGUCGAUUGCAAGAGGAGCAGGCAACGAUUCGUCGCAAGCUUCGCGAAGAACAAUUGGCGAGACGAGCGCGACAAAGUCAAGCUGGCACUCCGGUUUCCGAUUCAGACAAUAGUUUAAUGUUUGACUCAUCACAGUUGGACAUUAGAGCAAGUCCAGCAUUGGCACGACGGCGAAUGGGCUCAUUUAAUAGCGGGGCAGAAUAUCGAGAUGAUGGUUUUUCACCAGAUAUCACCCCAACCGGAAGCCUACGACGUCGUCGAAGUCGCGUUCUCAGUGAAGAAGAUGACAAUAAUCUGAUGGAUUUCUUACGAUCAUCUGCCAAUGAAAAUUCACGAAAAUCCUCAUCAUAUGGCAGCUUGGAUCGUUCGUGGGCACGUCGAGCUCGGUCAGGUAGUAAUAGUAAAAAACGACCAGAUCUACUUAAUAUCGAUUUCAGUUUGGAACGAGAGCGUCCUGUAUCACCGGCCAAUAUGGAUGCGGCCAACCGUGUGGCAAACGAAGACGCAAGACCAAGGGAAUGGCGUCAAAAAAUCGAAUCAUGGCUACAAGCCAACGAACAAGAUGAAAAACAAGGUGAUGAACACAAGCGACGAGCCAGACGAUUGACAGGCAAUCGACGUUCAUAUGAAAAUGAUUCAGAAAACGAGCGUAGUAAAUUGGAUCCACUGCCCGAAGAGAAGACAGCCACCACUGGUGUACCAACAACAACGACACCACAAGCAAAUGAGCCAUAUAAGCGUGUGUACGCCGAUUGGAAGCCAACGACAACGUCCAUCGAGCGAGGUGAUUCGGAAUCAACGCAAGAUUCAUUAUCCAAAGAAAAAGAUGACGUAUCAUCGAAACCAGAGAAAAUGCGUGGAUCGCAUUCAACAACGAGCCUCCCAUCAAGUACAACGCCGUUACAGUCGAUAAUGGAAGAGGAUCGUCGCACAAGUCAAGAGAACCAAUUGAAAAUCAAUAUUCGUCGUCCAUCUGAAGUGAAUGAAUACGAGCCCGUCUAUCAAAAGCAUACCAGUCCAGUGGGGAUUACAAGUGAUUCGCAUUCGAUAUACAUUCGUUCAUCUGCUAAAAAGGCAGCCACUUCACCGGAACGCAGAGAAAGCAUCACAAAGUGCCAUUCGUUAGACGCUGCCAUCGGCACCGCUGUUGGUCAAGAGCAGUUGCCAUUGAGCAAUAAAAUCGAAAUUGAUUCGGAUAACAUUGAAACACCGCCCGUUGUACGCAAGAAUAUUAUGAGUGAUGAUAAAUCGAAUUCGGUAUCUUCAGUGAAGAAAUUGCAGGCGCCACGUCCAUUGCAUCAGCGCACGAUUGACGAGUCACUGGCCAAUGAAAAUGUGGAAAGUAAGCCAAACGAUUCGGAAGUACUUGGAGAUGGUCAUUUCGAUCGGCAUUCAUCGGCACGACGCACACGACGCUAUCGUAGACCAACCGAUCACAGUAGCGGCAAUGAAGAUCGUAACGACUCAAGCCCCGAAUCAGUUCCAACUCCGUUAUUUCCAUCUUCGAAUGCAUUGUACAGCACAGAACUCGAAAUCACAAUCGAUGACGAUAAAGACGAUGAAUCUCCUGAUCGUGGUGAAGACACACUAUUAAAAUCAAAAUCCAUGGAUAUUCUAUCACGAAUCGGUAAACAUGGCCGUAAUAUGAGUUCCAUUAAUCAGGAAGCGGUUCGUGAAGCCAUACGCAAACUAAAAUCACCCACAGAAACACCUGAACGUAUCUGGAGCCCACCACGUGAAAUUGUUGUCACACCAAAAGACCGAAUUAUUCCUUCGAAAGCAUUAAAUCAUGAGCUAAAUGAUGAAGGUUUCGAAGAGACACAAAGCUGCCAAAGUCUAGUCUCCGAUGGAAAAGAUAGUACAUCAUCAUGCAAUGAACCGGCCGAUAAUUCACAACCGCACAUUUCAACGUCGUUAAGUCCAAACCAAUCGAAAUCAAAGUCCGUCGUAAAAUCGUUGAUCGAACGAAAUCGUCAGAGUUUGGAACGAAGUCGAUCGCUUCGAGCGUCCAGUUCAACUGUAACGCCACAUUCACGAACGAGCAUCAUUCCAAAGAGGACUAAUUCACUGCGGCGCAGCAUCGACACCGGCGCAAUAUCGGCCAAUAAACAAGAUGUUGAACGAAGUGGCUCACGCACCAGUCUACGAAGCUCACGAUCAUCGCUAAACAGUUCGGCUUCAAUAAAUACCGUUCGAAAUAUGGGAUUGAAACCAUCUGCCACACAAUCACCAUCAUCAACGCGACACUUAUCGAAUACAACCGCCGAUAAAUCAUCACUGCGGAAAAAAUUGGUUCAACAACAAAGUACACCAUCGGCAAAUUCACAAAAGACCACAUUAAAAGGUAGCAAUAGUGUAAAUUCGUAUCUAAGAACGCCGGCCAGUCGAAGUAGUUCGAGUGGUUCAAGUAUCGGUGGACCAUCAUCAUCGCGUCAAUCGCAUUACACAAAGACUUCUAGUUCGAAUUCCGUUACACCGCCCAUAUCAAAUUCACCGCAACGGCCCGCCUUUCGUAACACUGUCUCCGUAUCGAAUCACACGAAUCAAAGCAACAGCGCCAAUCGAUCUAGUUCACGACUCACAAACCUAAAGGGCAUUGCAUCAAAAACGUCGAAUCGUGUCAGUAGUUUCAUGAGACCGACCACUUCCAGUGCAACUAAAGUCAAUUCAUCCAGCAAUCGCAGCAAAUAAACCAAUAUUGGGCAAUUUUCACGAAGAAAAUCGACACUUUUUUUUUAAAUAGAAGUUAGGAUGAUGAUUGAAAAGAUACAAUUGAUUUUUUGUUCUGUUUUUUUUUAUUAGAAUUUUGCACACAUUCCGUUCGCAAUCGAACGCCGAAUUGAAGCACACUAAAAAAAAUAUGCUUUUCAAGAACAAAAAAAUUUUUUAUUACAUGUUAAUUAAUGGAAAUGUAAUUAUACCAAAUCGUAUAUCGUUACCUAUGAUUAGUUUUUAACGAGCAUUUUUUUUUUCUAUAAAAAAACAUCUUUUUUCUUUCUGUUAUUAACGACUCAAUGAGUAAUGAGAAAUUUAAAUCAACAAGCAAUAAACAAAACCGUGCACUUCGACACAAAUCAAUCAAAAUGUCAACACACCGUUUACCACACAUCUUUUUCACAUACACACACAUGUUCAUCACUACUCUAUUUUGCUCCUUUUUUUAAAUAUAAAUACCGAGGAUCUGGUUUUUAAACAACUCUUUUUUAAAAUACGUUGAUGUGCUUACACUGAACUUUAAAUUAUUUUUCGAUAAUCAAUAAAAAGAAUGAUUUAUUUCACAAAUGAA